ACGUGCGAAUAACCCAGUGAACUGAACCGGCCUCCACCAACUGAAACUGAAAGAGAGAAAAAAAAAAAGAAAAAGGAAAAGGAAUCAACGUCCCUUUUUCGCGUCUCCGCCUCCCCUUACUCCUUCACUCACUCACUGCCCACCAAAAACUUGAGCACACUCAUUUCAAUUUUCAGAAUCCAAUACUGAAAAGCCCCACACUUUACCUCAAUCUUCAUCUCCAACCAAACAAAGCUUCAUCCUUUCCCUCAUUUUCCACUCACUCUAGUCUGCAAAGGUCCUGGUGUUGGUGGCAAUCACCUAAUUCGUCGAAUUUUCUGAGUUUGUGUUAUCUACUUGAGAAGUUUUUAAGAUCUUGAAAGAAAAAUGGUGGGUUGUUCUUCAAGCUUUGGAGUAUCGAAUGUUGUAACCAUGUCGAAUGAGGUGGUUUUGAGGAAGAUGUGGAGUCAGAGUUUAGUUUUCGAUAGCGUUAGGUUUAGGGGUAUUGCAAAGGAGGUAGCUUUGCCAAUGUUUUGUGGGAAUAGUAGCUUGGGAAAUGGGCUGAAUUCGUUUUCGGUGAAGAAAGAGUGGAACUUUGUGGUCAUGAGUAUGUUACAGCCUCGGCGUGAAAGGCAAUUCAACUUAGGUGCGGUAACGGUUUCAAAUGAGGGAGGUGGUGCUGCUGUAGGAAAGGAUACUAGGAUUUUGGAGAAUGAGGGUGGUUCAAAAAUUGAUAAUGAUGGUAAUGACGGGGUUGUGGUUGAUGGUAGUGGUGGUAAUGGGAAGUAUCCUAAUGGAAAAGGAGGCGGAGGAGGAGGUGGUGGUGAUGGUGGUGGUAAUGAUGAUGGGGAAGACGGAGAAGAAGAAGAGUUCGGGCCAAUUCUGAAAUUUGAAGAAGUUAUGAAAGAGACAGAGGCACGAGGAGCUAGUCUUCCCCUUGAUAUGUUAGAGGCUGCCAAGAAUGUGGGAAUUCGCAAAGUUCUUCUACAUAGAUAUCUGGAUUUGCAGGGGUCAGCCUGGCCUCUUGGCUUUGCAAUGAAGUCAUGCUCUAUGCUUCGAGAUCGUAUGCUAGCUGACCCAUCCUUUCUUUUCAAAAUUGGAACAGAGAUUGUCAUUGAUUCUUGUUGCGCUACAUUUGCUGAAGUUCAAAAGAGGGGAAAAGAUUUUUGGGCCGAAUUUGAGUUGUAUGUUGCAGAUCUUUUGGUUGGGGUAGUGGUUAAUGUUGCUUUGGUUGGGAUGUUGGCACCCUAUGCUCGUAUUGGGCAACCAUCACUAUCAAAAGGGUUCCUUGGACAUAUGCAACAUGCUUAUGGAGCUCUUCCUAGCAGCGUGUUUGAAGCUGAAAGGUCAGGAUGUAGAUAUUCUGUAAAACAGAGAAUUGCCACAUACUUUUUUAAGGGGAUCUUAUAUGGAGCAGUAGGCUUCGGAUGUGGUAUUAUUGGCCAAGGAAUUGCAAACUUAAUCAUGACUGCUAAGCGGAGCAUAAAGAAAUCAGAAGAAGACAUACCUGUGCCACCUCUAAUUAAGAGUGCAGCUCUUUGGGGUGUUUUCCUUGCCGUCUCUUCAAACACCCGCUAUCAGAUAAUCAAUGGACUUGAACGCUUGGUAGAGACAUCGCCUUUGGCAAAGCAGAUCCCGCCUGUGGCAUUGGCUUUCACUGUUGGUGUACGAUUCGCCAACAAUGUGUAUGGCGGAAUGCAGUUCGUAGACUGGGCUAGAUGGAGUGGGGUGCAAUAACUAGAUCAGUUUUAAUGGGAGAGGAUAUCUUUGUGACAUAUCUUUUAUUUGAUGUCUAGAUGGUGAAAGCAUACAAUCCUAUUCAGUCCCACUCUUAAAAAACGUGUUCCCCCUUGGAAUAAGAUUUGUUUCAAUGCUUUUAUCAGUUUAUGUA